AAAGUCAAAAUGGCAUUCAUCAGGAAAACAACAUUUGAUAGUAUCCACUUCGUUUUAAUGGGCAGAGAGGAAAAGGAUUUUUCUUUUCCAGAAGGAAAAGCCAAAAUAUUUGGACCAGUGGCAAAACUAUAAGGAGGAUAUAGAUGGAAGGGAAGGAAAAACAAUAGAAAAUGAAUAGAAAAAAGGGCGUCAUUUACAGGUUUUGAAGAGCAUGCAAGGUUGUGAAUUAAGGCUGCCUUAAAAAUAGAACCAAACAAUGGUUUAAUAAUUCAUAGAGGUCAUUUCUAGCAUGUAAAUUAACUCUUCUGAGACUGAAACUUCAUGGAGAAAAAGGGCAGUGUUGAUACUUUAAAAGGGCUGUCAAUCCAACCACUGCUUCAGGUAUAGGUGGAACUUCAUGUGAUUUCUGAGAUCCCUCCCAACUCUGAGAUUCUGUGAUUCUAUCUAUAGACUGAAAGGAAAUUCAGGAUGCAUCUGAUUAGGACAGACACUAAAAAGUAAUCAAAGAUGUGUAUACAUAGCACAUGAAUAUAAGUCAUGCUACCAAGAUGAGAAAAUGGGUAUUAGUAAAAGGUGUUUUCCAUAAUCUGGCUUUCAAUAUCCAUUGCUUAAGUGGCAAAGUUCUAUAAAGAAACUCUUCAGGAUAUCUUCAUUAUUUUUCUCAAAAGAGAAGUAGAAAUUGCACCAAGAAAAAAGGAGGGAGAGGGGGAGAUGGCCUGCGAGGAGUACCACCAAAAAGAAAGCUAGAAACAGUUAAUCAAGAUAAAGUAAAAUGAAAGAUACACAUUGAAGGAAUUCAAAAGAAAAUGGAGUUUGCAAAAAUAAUGACAUGAAAUAAAGCAAGAAUGGAAUACGAUUAUGGAAUCUCAGACUCAAGCAAAUGAUGGAACCCAGCCGUUUAGAAAUAGCCACAGAGAAUAAAAACAAACCAACAAAUAGAGGUGGGGGUGAGGUGGCAACAAUUAUUAGACUGGAUAUUGCAGAAAGCAAGAAAUCAAGACCAAAAAAGGGCGGGGCUGAACUGAGAUAAGCGCAGGACAAGGAGACACCCCAGCCAGACGCCGCAGGGACCUGAUAGGACAGGACCGAGGGGAGCGCCGCAGCCGCUGCAGCCCGGAGCAGUCAAGACCAGCCGCUGCCCGCAGCAUCACCCUGCUCCUAUGGAGGCUGCAGAGGAAACUCUGAAGAAGCAAGGCUCCUCCACUGAUGACCUACAAUCCCAGCGCAUGGUUUCUCUUCUUGGGCAGAAGAGGAAAACUCUUGAAGAAGAUGAAGAAGAGCUCAUUAACAUGCGUGCAAAGCUUUUUCGAUUCUCCUAUGAGAAUGGUCUUCCAAAAUGGAAAGAGCGAGGCAUUGGCCACGUGAAGCUGCUGAAACACACAGUAAAAGGGACCAUUCGCCUCCUCAUGAGGAGGGACAAAAUUCUGAAGAUCUGUGCGAAUCAUCAUAUAACACCAUCGACGGCGCUUAAGCAUAGUGCAUGGAGUAAGAGGGCCUGGGUCUGGCACACACAGGCUGACUUUGCUGAUGAAACUCCUAAGAGCGAACUGUUGGCGAUUCGAUACGUAAAUGCAGACAUUGCCCAGGAGUUUAAAAGAAAAUUUGAACAGUGUAUUAAUGAGUUAAGAGAAAGAGAAAAGAGAGCAUCACUAGGCAAAGAGGAAAGCACUGGUGAAGUAUCCCAAAAGCCAGACGAACUCUCAGUGGAACAAGACGGCCAACGAGAGCCUGAGAGCCACGACAAUGUAUCCCCAAAGCCAGAAGAACUUUCGGUGAAAGAAGACAGCCAAGGGGAACUCAAAAGCCACGAAGUAUCCCAAGAGCCAGAAGAGCAUUUUAUGGAAGAAGCCACCCAAGAGGAGUCCGAGGGGCAGGAAGUGGAAGCCACUCAGGGGGAGCCUGAGAGCCCGGAAAUGGAAGGCACGAAGGGGGAGCACGAGCGUCCUGAAAUGGAUGCCAACCAGGAGGAGCCCGAGAGCCCAGAAAUGGAAGCCACCCAAGAGGAACCCCAGAGCCCAGAAAUGGAACCCGAGAGCCCAGAAAUGGAAGCCACCCAGGAGGAACCCCAGAGCCCGGAAAUGGAAGCCACCCAGGAGGAGCCCCAGAGCCCGGAAAUGGAAGCCACCCAGGAGGAGCCCGAGAGCCAGGAAAUGGAAGCCGCCCAGGAGGAGCCCGAGAGCCCAGAAAUGGAAGCCACCCAGGAGGAACCCCAGAGCCCAGAAAUGGAACCCCAGAGCCCGGAAAUGGAAGCCACCCAGGAGGAGCCUAAGAGCCCGGAAAUGGAAGCUGCCCAGGAGGAGCCCGAGCCCCCAGAAAUGGAAGAGAAGGAAGGGAUCCAGGAGGAAGCCGAAGAACAGCAAUAGAGCAGCAAUAAAUCAUCUUGCGGGUCUUGCAUUCCAUUCUUGAUUUUUUUUUUCCUUUUAUUUUCUUUUUUCUUCUCUUUUUUUUUACAAGGGACUUUACAUAUAAAGAAUCGAAUUCCG